AUGCCCGUGCUGGUACUUCAACCGCCAUCCCUCCCUCCGCUCCAGACCUACAUUGCCCUGAGCUGCCUCAGCUUAGCCUGGUGCUUCCUGUAUGCCAGAGACACCCUGGAGACAGUGGAAACUGCCGGAUUGACCAAUCCCGGGCCAGAUGCCGCAGAUGGGAGCGAGACCAUGUUUGGUGAGAGGGGUGGGGCUGGUUGGACGGGAGGGGCAAACGAAAGCCACGGUUCUCGGUACCUGUUUGGAAUUCAGGAGGACGACGGUGAGAUUGUCAAGUUGUGUCGGAUCAUGAUGGCAGAUGUGUGGUCAGUGCUGUCUUUAAUCAAUCUUGCCUUCUGCGUCCUCAUUCUCCUGGGGCGACUUGUGCAGCAUGUUGUGUUCGGAGAGCUCAGAGCCGGAGAAAGGCAGCAUAUGCGAGACAAGUUGUGGAAGUUCAUCUUCUACAAGUUCAUCAUCAUCUUCGGCGUGCUCAACGUGCAGACGCUGGAGGAGAUGGUCAUGUGGAUGGUCUGGUUUGCCGCCCUCGCCUUCCUUCACACGCUGUCUGGGCUCUGCAAGGAUCGUUUUGAAUAUUUGUCAUUUUCUCCCUCCUCCAUGAGCUGGGCCCACGGUAAGGUCCUCUUCCUACUGACAACCAUCGUGGGUCUGUGCCAGGGACUCAUCUUGCUCAGCUGCUACAUGGGAGCCAUGCAAGACUGGAACGUCUUCUUCUUCACCGUUUCCGAGGUCAUUCUGCUUGAGUUGAGGACCAUCUAUGUUGUGAUCAGGUACGGCAUUCACUUCUAUGACCUCCGUCACGAAGGCGUGUGGGAGAGACGGGGCACCAUCAUGUACUACUCGGAUCUGAUCGUGGAGCUGCUGGCGCUCGGCGUGGACUUUGUGCAUCACUUCCAUAUGCUGCUGUGGGGUAACGUGUUCCUCAGCAUGGCUAGUCUGGUGAUCUGCAUGGAGCUCCGAUAUCUGUACAGUGAGAUACAACGGCGCCUCAAGCGUCAUCGCAACUACAGACAAGUGGUGCACAAUAUGCAGGCCAACUUCCCCCUGGCCACAGAGAGUGAGUUGCAGGAGAAUAACGACGAUUGUGCCAUCUGCUGGGAGGAGAUGAAAUCAGCCCGCAAGCUGCCUUGUAACCACUUCUUCCACAACACUUGUCUGAGAUCCUGGCUGGAGCACGAGACCUCUUGCCCAACCUGCCGACACGCCCUCAACAUCCGACCCACCACCGAGUCGACCAAUCGGAACCCGGCACCCCAGCCCCCCGGGAUGAAUGCAGGCUUGAUGGAGGGAGAGGCAGGGGAGGGGCCAGCCCCGCCUGUCAGGCCACGCAGGGGGAGGGGACAUUUCUUCCACUUUGAUGGUUCUCGGAUUGCCAGCUGGAUCCCCAGUUUCUCCGUUGAGGUCUCCCAUCGGCACCUGCUGCAGCGCAGAGCUGCAGUCCACACCUCCCAGCUCAACAACAUGGCGACUCAAGUCCAACAGAUGUUUCCCAACUAUCCCUUGCCUGUCCUCAUCGAAGACCUGCGAGUCACGCGGUCAGUGGAAGUCACCGUCGACAACAUCCUAGAAGGAAGAUUAGCAGCCCCGCCUGAGUCUGUUGACACGGACAACCCGUCAGCCCCCGCCCCCGCUUCCAUGCAAGUCCCUCCCCCUUCUGCCAGCCCCGCCCCAAGCUCGGAUCCAGACACCAGACCUGCGGUGUACGAUGCGCCGGGGAGAGCGACAAUGAUCGCCGACAGCGUGCGGGCACUAGGGCUUACGGCUAGGGGUGCAGAUGGGGUGAGACACAGGGGUGGGGACAACAGCCAGCAUAGAGGGGGGAUGUUAGAUGGAGGGGGAGACGCACUGAGAGAAACAGGGUUGGAUGCAUCUGCAAGUUUUGCAAAGCAAGAGGGUAGAUCUGCUGACUUGGGUGACGGUCCCCAGGCACUGCCUGGACGCUUCUCCAAGUCCUCGGUAGAGAGGGAACUCGGUCUCAAGCAGCGCAAGGACCUGUUACUGGAGCAGGCUAGGAGGCGAUUUCAAAGGCGUCAGGCACAUUCCCCGAAUGCCGCUGCUACAACCACAUCCACCGCUAGUGCUUCCACGGCAACAGCCAGCCAAUCGCCAUCAGGGUCAGACAUCACGUGGCCCCCAUCGGCCAAUCAGAAUCCUUCGUCUAGGGAUGGAGCAGCGCCCUCUGGUGGUGAGGAUGAGAGAACCAGACGGAGAGCUGCAGCCUACGGGGCAGCGAUACGAAGAAUGACACAGCAACAGUGAACAGAUAAGAAUACAAAUGUUUCUCCUAUAAAUUUAAUAUCCCUAUAUUAUUCCAAUUUGUAUUUUGUUUGUUCUCAGUUUAAUGGAAUCUGAGGUUUUUUUAAAGCUAACUAGGGUAUUAGCUGGCUUAUAUGCUAUAUGCUUUUGAAAUAAUGUGCAUAUAUAAUAAAUGUUUAUGAGUGCAAUGGUGAGAAUAAGUUCUUGAGGUAACAGAUGGAAUGUUCCAUUCAACGAGGUAAAGCCGAUUGGAAUGGAACAUUCCAUCUGUUACCGAAUGAAAGUAUUCUUUCCUUUGCACGAAUGUGAAACAUUCAUUAUUGUUUUAUACAACACCUCAAUAAAUCCUCGUCAUCUGAUUGGUAAUAGUGUGACCAAGCAAUGAAACUUCUAUUUACCGUGGAAUGGAACGUCUAUUUUUGCAGUGUGGCUGCGCUGUGGGUUGGGACGAAUAAUUCAAUGCCACGUGAUCAACGACCCACCAAUCAGAUGAUGGGGAUUUAUUCAGGCACUGUACAAUGAUUAUCAGAAGUUAAGAAGUACUUCAAAAGUCUUUUUUUUUAUGAAUUAAAUUAAAUCCACUUUACCGCUGUAAGUUUGUAGAAGAAAGUAACUAUGGUUUAAACAAGAGCACCACAAUUAUUAAUUAAUGCAUUACCAUGGUUACAUCUAAAGUUUUGUGUAACACAACAGCUCAAGACAUCGCGAAAAUCAUGUAUAACAUGUAUAAACUGCUUGAACAGUCGCAGACAGUCAAAAAUUCCACCCUCUUCCCCUGCCAUGCCUUUUACACAGGCUAGUCACCAACAGUCAGAUCAUAUUUCAAGCAAGCACUCUGACUAGUC